GAGCUCAUCUCCUGUCAUCUACCUUGAGAUAUUCUUCAACCAGAGAUGAUGGCCUAAACAAUCACAUUCCCAUAAAAUACAUACGCACCUCUCUCUUCCUCUUUACCUAAAAUUUAUUUUAUAAAAAUAAAAAGAAUAUCUCUCCUCCCAUGUAAGUUAAAGGAAUUCCAUUUCUUUUGAAUUUGUUUAAAAAGGAUUGGAAUAACCAAGAAAAAGAAAGCAAGAGAAGGACCUUUGGAGAAAGAGAGAGAGGGUAGAAGAGAGACAGAGGAUGAACAUACCCUCUGUUUUCAUUGAUAUAUAUUCCUCUCGAUAGAUCUUGUUCUCAUCAAUUUUCCCAUCUGUUUCUCCCCAUCCCACUUGGGAUCCGAUGAUUUUGGAUCGAAUCCAGCAUUUCGCACUUAAUAUUUGAUCACUCACUGCUACUGGUUCCUGCUCGAUUUUUCUGGAUAAGGAAGCUGCAGCAAAGAUGGAGACUGACCAAGGCAAACUCUUUAUUGGUGGGAUUUCCUGGGAUACUAAUGAGGAUCGUCUUAAAGAGUAUUUUGGAGCAUAUGGGAAUGUGGUGGAGGCUGUGAUCAUGAAAGAUCGAACCACAGGACGUGCUCGUGGAUUCGGCUUUGUCGUCUUUGCUGACCCUGCAGUUGCUGAAAGGGUGGUUAAGGAGAAACACAUGAUUGAUGGUCGAACUGUGGAAGCAAAGAAGGCAGUACCGAGGGAUGACCAGCACUUGAUAAAUAGAAACAGCAGCAGCAUUCAGGGAUCACCAGGACCUGGACGCACUAAAAAGAUUUUUGUAGGAGGAUUAGCAUCUACUGUGACCGAGAGUGACUUUAAAAAUUACUUCGAUCAGUUUGGUACCAUAACAGAUGUCGUAGUCAUGUAUGACCACAACACUCAGAGACCAAGAGGUUUUGGGUUUAUAACAUAUGAUUCAGAGGAAGCAGUGGAUAGGGUGUUGCACAAAACCUUCCAUGAACUCAAUGGAAAGAUGGUUGAGGUAAAGCGAGCGGUUCCGAAAGAAUUGUCUCCUGGGCCCAACAGGAGCCCACUAGUUGGUUACAACUACGGUUUUAGUAGAGGGAACAACUUCCUCAAUAGCUACCCACAAGGAUAUAAUCUAGGCUCAAUUGGAGGCUAUAGUGUCAGGAUGGAUGGAAGAUAUAGUCCUCUGGCUAGUGCACGUGCUGGAUUUUCUCCUUUUGGUUCUCCAGCAUAUGGUGUGGGAGUGAAUAUGGAGCAAGGUUUGAAUGCUGGGUUUGGUGGAGGUUCUAACUUUAGCGGCAAUGUAGGUUAUGGCCGUGUCUUGAACCCAUAUUUUGGCAGUAGCCAGAGCAGGUACAGUACUCCUAUAGGUUACAACCCAAGUAGCAGCCGUGGUGACUCUUUCCUCAACUCAUCACCCAGAAAUGUUUGGGGAAAUGGUGGCCUUAAUGCUUCAGCAAAUAAUGCUAGCUCUGGUUCAUACUUCGGUUCUGGAAGUGGUGGUGGUUUUGGAGUCUUUAGAAACAAUGGAACAAAUUGGGGCACUAAUCCUAUUGCUGCCUCACUUGGGGGAAGUUCUUCCGGCUUCAGUGGGGGUAAUGUUGGUUAUAGAGGUGGAGAAAAUAGCUAUGCUCUUGGAGCAGGAGGGUUUGGAAGGAAUACAGGAACUGGUGUAGCCACUUCUUCUACAUUUUCUGUCUCAAGUGGUGGCUAUGAGGGAUCCUAUGGGGAUUUUUACCGUGGUAGCUCUGUUUAUGGUGAUCCUACUUGGCAAACUACAUCUUCUGAGCUGGAUCAUUCUGGAUCAUUUGGUUAUGCUCUUGGGAAUUCUGAAGAUGUGGCUAACAAAGAUUCUGAGGAUUAUGGAGUGGCCUAUGACAUUCCAAAUAGACAAUCCAAUAGAGGUAUUGCAUGUUUCAUCAUUGCAUUUGAAGUUGCAAAUAUUUUUUUUUUCGAGAAGCAAAAACCGAGAGCUAUUUUUGUAGGUUUUUCCACAGGAAAGCUGACAUGCUUGAUUGUGAGGAAUGUCCCCUUCAUGCUUCUUCAAGAUUCUAGUCACAUAGUCCCAAAACAUAACACUAAGAAGUUGUUGUUUAGCUAAUGUUAUCGCCAUUUUUAACAAAGUUUGGAGAAAAUAGGAUUUCAAGCCAAAUGAAAACUACCCUCCCAAUUUCUGUGCAGAAAAGUUGUAUGUAUUGUGUGGUACAUUACCAACUUUUCAGCUGUAAGUCACUAAACUUCGGCAUUCGUUACCAUUCAAAAUUCCAUUUAUAAGAAGAAAAAAAAUAUUAAUCUCACCUGACCUGAAUAAAUGCUGUGAUGAGCUUCGAUGGUGGUCUACCUUUUAUUUUUCUGCUUGAUGUCACUAAAGAUCUCUGCCUUACAACAUGACCUGAUUAAAACAAUGUCCAAUUUACCCCAUUAGCAAUAGUUACUAGAUUAUAUGCUAAAAUACUUGGUCCAAUUGUGACUAUUAUACACCAUCUGUCCCACUAUUAUUGUCCCAAAACUUUUGGGCACGUGAAUUAAGAAAAAGGUGGAAAUUGGUUAAAAGUGGUAGGACCCACACUUUUUGAAGGGUUAAUUACCUUUUAUGGAAAUGGAACAACCCAAAAUGGUAAAUGGGAUAACAAUAGUGGGACUGAUAUUACCCAAGGGAAUAACUGACACAUUUAUUGAUACAAAUGUGAUGCACUUUAAUAUGAAAGCUCUUUACAUUCAUUUUGCUUCAUACAUCAUGUUAUAUUUUUUAUUCCCCAUUAGCUAAUGAGAAUUAGGCUUUACUUUUAAUCUUUUAGUUUAUCAUCUGUAAAAAAUCUGAAGUAGUUAUGGUGGAUUAGAGAAGAUUCUUAUUUAGUAUGAUGCAUAACUAACUUGACUCAUGCUGCCAUGAUGUUUCAAUGAUGAGAAUAAAUUAAUGGAUUCCGACCAUGAAUUCAUAACAAUUUAAUCUUGAUUCCUCGAUUGAGGAUUCUUUUUGCCUUCCUUAAGAGUCAAGACUCAGUAUGAUGUUUCCCUAAGAUUGUAAGCUGUGCAUAUGAUGUUCUUUUAAAAUUUAGAUAGAUCUAUAUGUACCUUUAGAGCUGAAUUAUUGUGAAAAUAAUGUAGAUUUAGAAAAUGGCACUUACCUAAACAUAAGGAACUGUACUCUCUCUCUCACUCUCGAAAUCAUGUUUGGUAUAUGCACUAGUGUUCGCAUCAAAGUUUUCAUUUGCAGCCUAACUCAAUAAUGACUUGCUUUCGCAAGCACUAAUUAUUUUCUACGUAGUUGAUGUAGUGAAUGCAACCUCCCAAGUACAUCAGCUAAUGAAAAAUUAUGCUUGGGUUUUAUUUCUCUUAAAUGUAUAAGGUAAAAGAAUACCUUUAGAUGCAGAAACACUAAUAAAUGAGUUAUUUCAUGAGUCUUAAGGUUAAUCAUGCACUUAUAGUAUCUUUCCCUAGCAACUUGGAUAACAUGUGUCAAUUAGGAUUUCAAGUACUCACACAAAAUCUCAACAAGCCCUGAAUGAAGUUGCUUAUAAAUAGAGAAGUCUUAUCUUAUAAUUCUGUUAUUUGCAUGCAUAUAGGAGGGAUUUAGAUAGGAUUUUUGUGCAAAUUUAAACAGUGGCUUCUCUGAGUAGAGAAAUACCAAAACUCCAUUCUUGUCAAAAAUCAUGCAAAAUGUGCGAAACACUUGGACAAAGUAAACUUACAGUAGCUAGUAGCUACAAUUUAGAUGUAGAUUGUUUGAAGUAUUUUUUCCUCAAAAAAUUCAGGAAACGUGGUUUGAAACUGUUAUCACCUUAUAUGUCUCUGACAUUGAAUGUCUAUUACUUAAACUGAAUUUGAUCACCUAACUUGUCUCUGUAAUUUUCAGGAGUAUCUGCAUAGGAACUGAGUAAUCUGAAAUGAUGGUAGGAGAGGAAAUUUAGAGAACACGUGAAUUGUGAAUUUUGUUUCGCAUUGCUUGGUAGAGACAAUAUCUCAGCUUAUAUAAAUGAUGUUACUAUACGGAGCUAACAGGGUCUUGGUGCAAAGUAUACAUGCUCAUAGCGAUCGUCUGAGGUUUGAGGUUCGACUUUUAGCAUAACUUAGGUUCGUUUGAUCAGAUGGUUGAGAUGUAAAUCAGACUGCGAAAUACACUUGUGGAAGAUUCCUGUAGCUUUAUUUGUUGUGCGGCUCUUCAACACAAAACGGUUUCUACUGCUACGCCAUUGAAAAGGUAGAGAGUUAUUUUUGUAUUCAUUUUUCUUCCUGUUUGUCGGCUCUGAAGACUGGCGAUGUUUUUUCCUUCUCUGUCUGGGAUUUGUAUCUCACCCAGACUGAGACACUGUAUGUGAGUUUUUUCUGCUUGAUUUAUUAGCGUGAAAUAUAACAGGGAUACCCUCUUAGGUGUCCCUUCAAUAAAAAACAUUGAAUCGUAUGAUUAUUUCAUUUUAAUGGAGGUGCUUCUGUUACUGUA